GCUCCGGCUCCGGCUCCGGCUCGAAGUGCGCAAGUGGCGGCCGCGACCCCUCACAGGCCUGAUCCCACCCUACAGCCAGAUCGGCAAACCGGGCUCGCAGGCAGACGGCAUGAGCUCCACAGACGACAACGAGGUGACUGUCUGGGGGUCCGGCUUCAGCCCCGAGGGCGGGCAGCGGGCCGCCUUCCGCAGCAGUGCGGGCCCCGCAGGCGAGCCGAGCCUGCAGUCAGGGCCGCCUCGUGGCGCCCAGGGCGAAGCCCACUUCGAGGAGCGCAACGGUUCCGACUCGGAGCGGGAAGGCAUGGAGGAGACCGAGCCGGUGCUCUGGGGCCGAGAGGGCCGACCCGGCUCCCCCGCCGACGACCUGAGCGACGAGAUGGACUUCGAGUCCCUGCUGGCUGAGGAGGCGGCGGCGAUCUUCAGUCGGCAGCUGCGCGACCAGGACCUGGAGACGCGAGGCGCCCGUGGAAACCACUCCCCCGACAGCUGCUCGGGGGAGCUGGCCGCCCUGUGGGGAGCGCUGGAGCUCGGGUCUGGCGGCGGUAGUGGCGGCUACAGCCACAGGAGCGUUCACGAUCCCCUGUCGGGGCCCCCUGCCCCACCCCGCUUCGCGGGGCACGAGGGCAGCAGCCGUGCCUGGGGCAGCCCCCACAGGAGCUCCCGGCCCAGGUGGCGCAUCCCCGCCCACCGCCAGCGGGCCACCGCCGCCAAGGCCACCGCCACCAAGGCCACCGCCGCCAAGGCCACUGCCACCGCCGCCGCCAAGGCCACCGCCACCACCACCGCCGAGGGCCUGGCCUCUGACCCUGAAUCUUCCGACGACAUCAGCGAGAUUCAGAUGAUGCGUGUGAGCAUCUACUCCAGGGAAGUGGGCCAGGCCAGGCCCAGCAGCUCAGAGGGGCAGCCCAGCCUCCCCCCCAGGGAAGACUUCCGGCCUGUGCCCCGCUCCCUGAUGUCCCCCGCGCCCCGUGGAGGGCUCACCACGCUGCUGGAGAGGCAGGCUGGUGGCAGCGGCGGCAAAGGAGGCGGCGGCAGAGGAGGAGGAAGAGGAGGCAGCGGUGGCGGCAGCGGUGGCGGCAGCGGAGGAGGAGGUGGAGGAGUUGGAGGAGGCAGCGGUGGCGAGGCGGAAGCCUCCAGCUCCAAGAGAAAGCCCAUCGUCAUGUGGGGCAGGGCUCGCGGCAGGCCCAGCUACCCCGUGGCUUCCACUGUGACCGGCCUGCCGCAGCCCUCUCCUAGGAGGAAAGUGGCCCAGGAGAAGAAGGCCCUCGGGGUUCCCUCCAAGAUGGCCUUGGGAAGGAUCUUCCCCUCCUGGGGCCAGCGAGUCUCUGCGGCACCUCCGGAACCCGCCACCUUCCCGCCCAUCUCUGGUGUCCCGCUGCUGGGGAGGUCCAAGAGGUUUACCCUGGUGCCUUCAGGAUCCAAGCAGUCCAAGCACCACACUGCUGGUGCUGGGAAGAAGUCCACCACCAGGAGGUCCAGGGAGCCUGAGCCGGGCCCAGGAGAUAACAGAGACCCCAGUCUCAAGGGCCAAUUCCUAAUGUACAGGGCAGGCCCCUUGUGUCACUCCUUGCACCGGGGGGAGUUCAACAGCGGCAGCUUCAACUCCAGAAUCCCCCAAGCCCCAGGAAUCUCUCAGCCUUUGACCCCACCAAGCCAGGAAGACUUCAUGCCCAGAGAGUCCUCUGGUGACCAGGAGCCACUUGACCAUCCCACAGGACCGGAGAGGCAGCACCAGCAGUCACCUGGAGCCCAGGGCUGUCCUCAGUGUGUCAUGCUCCAGAAAGAAAUAGACAACCUUAAGGAGCAGCUCGCCAUCAUGGAGUCCCUGACUGGCAAAUUUCAGGACAUCUGAGGUGAGUAUGAUGCCCCUCCCCACAGCCCUGGCAGUCAGGAGGGUUGAGGCCUGGGCCUGGCCUGAGGCUCUCCCUGACUCUGCGCUCUCUAUUAGACAGGUCUGAGCCAGCUGCUUCCCACAAGAAAAGCAGCUGGUACCCUGGGAUCUCAGCAGCUGAGGCCAAGCUGGUUUACACUUCUCCCACCUCAGUCCACUCCUCCUGCCUUCUGUUGACCGCCCUCCCCCCCCCCCGACCCAGUUCACAGCAGUUUCAAGUUAAAGUACUUCUCAGAUUCCGUGGUCUGCCUUCUUUCUAGAACAUGUCAGAACCUUCCCCAGCACAGGUGUUCUGUGGUUGGCUCACUCCUGAUGGGGAUUCUGGGUCAGCCUCUUGAGCAGGAACCCUGCUAUAAAGGCUCUACCAAGCCAGAGCCUGAGUUCUGUGUGGGCACUCCCACUCCUAGCCACAGAAGCAUUGCCUCCUUUCUCCCUCCCCAGCCCCCUUGUGCUCUCUGCCUCACCUCCUCCUGUUUGGGAAGGAUCAUGCUCCCCCCAGACGUUCCCAUGCUCCCUCUCUCGUUCCAGAGGCACUCCCAGUGUCCCAGCCCUCUUUUCUCUCUCCUCUUCUCUCCCCUUCUCUUCUCUUUUCAUUAUUUCCUCUUUCUUCUCCUGUCUUUUUUUUUUCUUCUCUCCCAGCUCUGUUAGCUUCCCUCACAACAGUCACUGCCCUGCCUCUGCAGCCUCACCCUGCUUGGUCUCCCCAAGACUGUCUGUAACUAGACUUUCCCCUACCUGUACUUCAGGCAUUAGGAGCGCCAUCCUAAGCCCAUCUCCCCGCCCUACACCCCAAGACCCACCCUCAUCCCAGGCGUGCUCCUCGCCUGGAAUCCUUAUCUCCCUCUGGGAUGCACUGCGGACAGCUCACCCAGAAUCUGGCCCACCCUACCCUACCCUACCCCACCCCCAGGUUAGAAAUCCUGCCAGUUUCCGUGCAGGGGUGGAGUCCAAAGUCAUAGCUCCUUGUGUUGGGGAGCAAAUUGUUUUUGUGCCCUGCCUUGUCUUCCCAGACCACCCCGUGGGUCACCUGUGAUAUAUAGUCUGGCCACGAUUUAAAAAGAUAAUCAACUUAAGAGUCGUUUAAGAAAGCAUUGUUCAAGCAUGCAUGUCGCACUACUGCCUGUUCUGGUGAGGUGUUUACCAAUAAACAAAUCUGUUCUGUU